AUGGUGAUAAGAAGUGCCGAUCUUAACAAGCCCUUGCAGAAAUCAAACGCGCCUCGUCCAUGGCACGUUAUUCACGCAGGGGGCGAUUCGAAUUUCGGCCCGUUUUGGUCCCCAUAUUGUGCUGAAGCUGAUGAUUACUGUGACACGUUGAGGACGGUGGUGACUCCACUCGAUCAGAGUAGUUCUCUGCUGGCUAUGCAGUCACACUUGCGAGAAACACGGAAUGAUUACGAGGCCUCCUCGUAUAUCGCAUUUUCGCAUUUGGACAACGCCACAGACUUGCAACGUGAAGUGGGAGAUCCGCUCGCACGAACUGUUCUGUGGCACAACCUCACAGCGACAGCGUCCUCGGCGAUAGCGCUGAAUGCAUAUGUGAAUGCGUGGUUCGCGGCACACGGAGUUGAUAUUAAAGUCACCGUCGUGAACCAUCCGAUGCCACAGACUUUGUUCGAGCAGAACAUAGCAGUAGUGGUGUCUGGAAUUUUAUCAACUAUUGCGGUCAUUUGGGCGUUUGCGUUUAUUCCAGCGGGAAUAUGCAGCUAUAUAGUGAUGGAAAAGGAGAAGGAUGUGAAAGCACAGUUGGCUAUAUCAGGAUGCUCUACCACGGCCUACUGGAUAGCUCACUUCAUUUUCGAUACGGCUUUUAACCUCUUCACAGUUGCUGUUGCAAUAGCAGUGCUGUAUGCGUUUGAUAUGGAAGCAUUCACAGAUUCGGAUAAAAUCGCUCCAACGAUUAUGCUACUGUUGUUGUUCGCCCCGUCAGCCUCAACGUACGCAUAUUUGAUAUCAUUUUUGUAUAAGACGCAAUUCUCCGCGCAAACGGUGACGAUAGUGCUGAACAUUGCUGUUGGAACGAUCGUGGUUAUUGUGGUUUCGGUGCUACAGACGAUUCCUGAGGAAUUCUGCGAAGACUGCUUGGUUGCUGGCAACGUACUGAUGUGGAUAUUCCGUUUUAUACCACCAUUCGCGUUGGGCUUUGGUUUUUAUCGUAUGGCAAUUUAUGUAUCCUUUCUUGGAGUUGAUCCAUGGGGGUCGGAGAUUUUUGGUACAUGUACGAACAAAACUCUGGGCACUCGAAAUCAGUGUUAUGGUGGAGUCGCUGAUGACUUGGUGUAUCUCGCGUUUGCCGGUAUGGCAUACCUCUUAUUAUGCAUAUGGUUGGAUCAUCUUGGCACGAGUGGCAAGUGGUUAUCGUAUAGGAUGAAAUUGGAAAAACGAUGUCCGAUACCCGAAGAUCAGCUAGCGGCAGAAGAUGAGGAUGUUGUGGUAGAGAAAGAGCGAGUUGCGAAAUUGGAAAAACAAAAACAAAUUCUGGCAGUUGAUAAUGUCAGGAAAUGUUACCUCCCGAGAGGCUCCCUAGUAGCUGACCCCUCGAGAGCUGUGCAUGCAGUGAAAGGAGUUUCCUUUGCUGCUGAUUCGGGACAAGUAUUUGGGUUGUUGGGAAUCAAUGGUGCUGGGAAGACUACGACAUUCAAAGUUAUGUGCGGACUGUAUGCACCUACGGAGGGCGAGGUGUGGGUCGCUGGAACUACGGUUGGUGCAGAUACUUCGAAGUGUCGAAGGAAUCUCGGCUAUUGCCCGCAGUUCGACGCGCUCCUGGAUCAGAUGACCACGAAGGAGCAUCUUGAGCUGUAUGGUCGUUUAAAAGGGCUGAAAGGACAUCUCCUUGAUAGUGCAGUUGGGAGUACGUUGAAGCAGUUGUCUUUGGAAGCGUAUAGGGAUAAGCGCGCUGGAAGUCUAAGUGGAGGAAACAAAAGGAAACUCUCCGUGGGAAUGGCAAUUAUCGGUCGACCCCGUAUUGUAUUCCUCGACGAGCCCAGCACUGGUAUGGAUCCUGUAUCGAGACGUUUCCUGUGGGGAGUAAUUCAACAACUGGCAAUCAGCCGCAAAAGUGUUGUGGUUCUUACAACACACUCUAUGGAGGAGGCGGAGGCGCUAUGUUCACGAAUAGCUAUUCAGGUGGGCGGCCAGUUUAGAUGCCUUGGGUCUCCUCAACGAUUAAAGAGUCGUUUCGGGAGAGGAUAUGAAGUGAGCCUCAAAUACGACGAUGUUACUGAGGUAGCGGCUGAGGAAAUAAGAAAUUCAAUCGGGAUUGCGUCUGCCAAUUCAGAAAGCUCAUCUGCUCAGUUAUGCAUGUCUGUUGAAGAUGCUCGAGCUGCACUGGAAAAAAUUCCCGAUCGACUCAACCGGGCCAGUUGUUUGCCCGGAGCGGUACUAAGAGCUGCUGAUGAACAGGGGAGUCAUGCUAUCUUGGUGGCCGACCUAGUCGGAUGGAUCGAUCUAGAUGAAAAACUCGCUAAGCUGGAAGCAUUUUUAAGAGCUUCUGGAAUCAGUUCAACAGUUUUACUGGAGCGCCAUGGUACGAAUGUGAGGUAUGCAAUAGUUCCGGAAGGGCAUGAUGGUGACGCUAAUGGGAGAUCUAUGAUGACUAUCGAUAUCACAAACCACAUUGGAAAGGAUAUUUAA